CAAGACAUAGGUCGUAACUCGGAAAUCGAACAAUAGACUGUCGUCAUUCAAAUGAAUCGCCCCAUGUACUUUUACGUACUCUAAGGAUUUAUUUGACAGGUGCGCGAUGCUUAGUCUAUAUUGCCUGAUUUGGCUGUACCGAAUUUUGUCUCGAUAUCGUGUAUAAAUGAAAAUAGUGGUAAAAAUCUGUGUGACCAUAUUUGUAUUGUAUUGUAAUGACAUAAAUAACUCUUUUGUAGACUACGAAGAAAAUACGCCGACUCCAUGUAAAGGGGAUAACAAGACACUAGUGGCAGUUCUUGGUGCACUGUUUGGUUUGUCGAUUGUUCUGAUCAUCAUACUUAUAGUGGGGUUCCUGUGGUUAAGUAGAAAAGAUUCAAAAGGAAGUUCUGGAAAAAAAUCGAACACAAGUGACGAGAUGGGAAAAAUGAACGACAUCUCACUUCAAGAGACAAGUUUUAAUGCUACAGAUAACGAAACGCCAAACGUGCCAGAAUAUGAACCAAUAGGAAGGCGAGGAUUAUCGACGAGUAAUGCAGGUAUCCUUGAAUAUGAGCCGGUGACAACAAGAACAAAGCUAUUCCAACCACAUUCCGGUGUACAGACGAAUAUCCCCAUGCCUCAGUAUGAAAGUGCAGAUCAACAUAGACAGACAGGGACUGUUUCAAAUCCACCACCACUCACCUAUCAAACC